AUGUUUGCAUGUCUAAUGAAAUGCAUUACGAAGGGAUAUAUUGGUUUCAAAAUCUCCAUCAAAUUGUGGGCGGGUCCUUGGCCUGACGCAAGCUGGAAGUGGAACUACAAGUUCAAGGGUAGCAAGGAGACGGCAGCGACGUAUAGAUCCAUAUGGGCGUCGCUCCGGUGGUUUGUUCUUGGAGCUUGA